GCCUGUGGCGAACAACACUAUCAUCGGACAUUGGGGGCUUCUGUUCGGGGGGUAUUACGGGAUGCUGUUUUCAUGUGGUAUCUCAACCUCAAAUCUAAAAUUUUUCUCGAAUGACAGUUACCGUACUCGAAGCCUAUUUCGUCUUUGUAACUUGUAUUUUGACUACGGAAAUUGGUCGUAGAGGGGGGCACGGGACGGAAAUAUAUGGGUUCGAAUACUGGGUGAGAUAGAAUCCACGGCAUUCCACCAGCGUAUACUGUAGCCAGGGCCUUUAACUUGUCCGUAUCGAUACCAAUGUUGAAAAUAAUGGGGAAUAUUAUGAAAGAGACAUGGUCGAUUACAAAUAAUUCUUGGCCAAUCUCGGACUUCAAGGCAAAGCCCAGCUCACAAUAUAGAAAACCACAUCCAAGGAUCCCGAUCACAAAGUCCUCUUCCAUAGUUCAUCCCUCUCCGCAGUUUGGGUAGAUGACUAAUCACACCUAUCCUACUAAUUUUGCCCUCCCCUAUCCAGCACCAGCCAGUGGGGCCACCAACUGCUGCCUGAAAAAUCAGCCUCCACUGACCUCUUAUCUUCAAAAACUCCCCCUCCGCUCCAUCAACCCCGCCACACCAAAAUUCACGAAACAAAACAAAACAAAAAAAAAAAACCUCAAGUACCUAUCGCAUAGGAACACAAACGAAACGAAAUGGGCUGGUUUUGGGCAGAGCAAGAAGAGAAACCCACUCCGAGGGUCAGGCCCGGGCCUCCCCCGAAUCAUCCUACGUCUAGAUCUCCUCCGCCCUCAUGCCCGAUGCACAAAUCCACACCAUCAGACUUCUCCGGGGGUUCCAGCAGUGGCAGCGACGUCACCUCCAACAAUGACAUCAACCACCUAAACCUAAUGUUCAGCAGCCUCCCGCAAUCCCGCACCCCGGGGCAAAGGACCAAUCUACCAACGGAGCGUGAGACCUCCAGCAUCCCGCGUGGCGACUCCGGGCUAUGGGAGUACCCAUCCCCACAGCAGAUGUACAAUGCCAUGCGCCGGAAGGGUUACGACGACACGCCCGAGGACGCGGUGGAGAGCAUGGUCGCCGUACACAACUUCCUAAAUGAGGGCGCUUGGGGCGAGAUCGUGGUGUGGGAGAGGCGCUUUGGCGGUGGGCGAGAGGGAUUCCCGAGGUUGGUCAGGUUUCAGGGGAAGAGUCGGGAGAUGACGCCUAAGGCCAGGAUGUUCCAGGUGCUUGGGAGGGUUUACCCGGAAAAGUUUGGGGGACCUCCGCCGUUCGAUAGGCAUGAUUGGUACGUACUUCGACAGGGCGGGAGAGAAGUUCGCUACGUUAUCGAUUAUUACUCUGCGCCACCGGAGCCUACAGGUGAGCCGGUUUUCUACCUGGAUGUUAGACCCGCCAUUGAUAGGCCGAGUGCUAUCCUCGAGAGAGCUAUGGUGUGGGGAGGAGAUCUGUGGGAACGAGCUAGCGGAGCUGAUGUCAGAAGGGCUGCGGCGGAGAAAGCUAAAAGGGACUCUUCCUGACGGGCUCGUUCAUUCCUCAAUUAAUUAAUUGACUUUGGGAGUUUUAUUUUUGUUCUUUUUUGUGCUUCUCUCUUUCUUUCUUUUACUUAUUUUGAUAUUUCUUCUGUCAAUGGGUCUUUUAUGCUUGACGAAACCCCUCCCCACUCCAUUGAGUCUCACCUUUUCUCCAUUCUUCCUGGGUUGUCCUUGCAUCAUUCACAAGUUCCUAUUCCGAAUACUUUUGGCCAUCGCGUAUCGGUGGGAAUUACAGCUUUUUUAAGGCUCAAUCACGGGAUUUUUUAUUUUUUUUCGCGCAGAGGAAAAAAUAACAUAUCAACUCUCCAUUCAA